ACAUCCUUUGAAUAAUAUUUAUUUAACGGAGAAGAAGAUGUAGUAAUAAUAAGAAUAAAAAAACACAAAGGAGAAAUUCCGAUAAGAUUACCGAAUCCAAAUUCUGAAAAUCUAUAAAUUGUCAUUCUUACAAUAUUUCUAUUGUUUUUCCAGAAUAUUGGGAAUCGCCAAUUCUGCUGUAUAUUACCCAAUUUGUUUCAUCCUACCUACACUGGAUUGGUAUGAAUAUUUGGUUUUGAUUUUGGAGUGCAGCUAUGCAGAGUCAGUUGGUGUGCAGUGGGUGUAGGACAAUUCUUCUUUAUCCCAGAGGAGCUACUAAUGUCUGUUGUGCAGUGUGCAAUGCCCUCACCCCUGUCCCGCCUCCUGGAAUGGAGAUGGCUCAACUGAUAUGUGGAGGCUGUCGCACCUUAUUGAUGCAUCCACGUGGGGCAACUAGCGUGAGAUGCGCCUGCUGUCAUACAGUGAACCUUGUGCCAGGUCCUAAUCAAUUUGCUCAUGUCAACUGUGGAAACUGUCGUACUAUGCUGAUGUAUCCAUGCGGAGCUCCAUCAGUUAAAUGUGCCAUAUGCCACUAUAUCACACACGUUAAUGCCGUAGAUGGAAGAAUCCCAGUUCCUGUGCACACCUCUAAUAGCAGUGCUACAUCCUCCGCAGGACCUGCUUCUUCAACAGCCACGGGCCGUUCACAGAACCAAACCGUGGUUGUUCAGAACCCUAUGUCUUUAGAUGAAAGUGGCAAGUUGGUGAGCAAUGUUGUUGUUGGUGUGACAACGACGACUUAGGAAUUAUCUGUAAGGAUUAAGAUUCCUAUGUCUGUGAAAUGCACCUAACUGAAGGCAGUAAUGUUUUUGCUUGCUUCCAUUGGAUCGAUGAAUAUAAAUGUGGUGCUAUAUAGAUAUGGUAAUAUUUAGUCCUAUAGUAUUAAAGCAUUUCUAGAUUGAAGAAGUGUACCAAAGGUCUGACCAUUUGUUUUGUGGUAACAUUGCCAAAGUGAUUGAACAUUUAGGCUUUAGUAAUGUUGAUUUUCUGGAGUCAGUAAAUGUUACCAAAUUAGAUUCUGUGGUGUGAAUACGCCUGAUGAUCCAAGUACAGAAUGUUGAUAUGUAUCAUUUGUCCUGAUGUCAAUAAAAUUUAAUCAACUUGGUGGGUGUGAUCUUGACGUAA